AUGAGCUGCUUCGCGGCGCGUCUUCGCCUUCGCGCGUUUCAUGAUCCCUCGCGCGCCAUCACGGACCUGCUCGAGGUGCCCAACAAGGCAUAUGACCUGUUCGCUACGAGCCAUAGCUCGCCCCAUGUCAAGCACCGCGGCAGUUCCCCGGGGCGCGGGGAGUGA